AUGCCGACCUCAGCUGUGCCCAGGUUGAGAUGGAGCGGGGGUAAAGGGAAUGGUACCACCUCUGUGCCUUGGGCCCCAGCGCUCCAGGUCCUCGGCCACGGCAACGGCGGGACAGUCUACAAGGUCCGACACCGCCGCACCUCCGCCGUAUACGCCCUCAAAGUCGUCCAGGGCGACGCCGACCCCUCCCUCCGCCGCCAGAUUCUCCGCGAGGUCUCCAUCCUCCGCAGGACCGACUCCCCCCUCGUCAUCCGGUGCCACGCCGUCUUCGACCUCCCCGGCGGCGACAUCGCCAUCUGUAUGGAGUACAUGGACGCCGGCACCCUCGACACCCUCCUCAAACAGAACGACGUCGUUUUCACCGAGCGCCUCCUCGCCCAGAUCUGCCGCCAGGUGCUCGGCGGCCUCGAGUACCUCCACGCUCACAAAAUCAUACACCGCGACCUCAAGCCCUCCAACAUACUCGUCAAUCGGGCGAUGGAGGUCAAGAUUUCCGAUUUCGGGGUGAGUAAAGUUAUGCAGAGGACCCUAGACCCUUGCAAUUCGUACGUGGGCACCUGCGCCUACAUGAGCCCGGAGCGGUUCGACCCGGAUACAUACGGGUCGGGUUAUGACGGGUACGCUGGGGACAUCUGGAGCCUGGGCCUGACCCUGCUAGAGCUGUACGUGGGUCAUUUCCCGUACUUGGAGGCAGGUCAGAGGCCCGACUGGGCAACACUAAUGUGCGCUAUCUGCUUUGGGGAGCCGCCGAGCUUGCCGGAGGGCACGUCUGAAGAUUUUAGGAGAUUUAUUGAGUGCUGUCUGCAGAAGGACGCCAGUAAAAGGUGGAGUGCCAAGCAGCUGCUGACGCAUCCUUUUGUCAGAGGUGUUGAGCCGAAAUGA